UAAAUACCUUAAUUUUCAUUUUUUGAAUGUUUAGAGGGCGUCAUCAACACUAACGUUUGGUUGAACAAUUUUCAGAUGUUUAUGACUGUUUAUAGUAGACGGUAGAGAGAAAUUAUUUUUUAAAGUGACAUGUGGUCGUUUUUUUCAAGAGAUCCUGUAAAAGAUUUUGCAUAUGAUAUUGGAGAAAAAGUUAAUGGUUUUGAUGAUAAAUCAAUAUGGCAGUUGUAUAAAGGCAAGAAAAAAGGAACAUCAGAACUUGUAUCAAUUUUCUUGUUUGAACUGAAACCUGGUAGUGAAAAUUGGUUAGAAACUGCUAAAGCUUCAGUGAAAUGUUUAAAGACAUUAAGGCAUCCAAAUAUAUUAACAUUUGUAGACAGUUUAGAGACUGACAAAUUAAUAUAUCUAGUCACAGAAUAUGUGGAAUCUUUGGAAAUGCAUCUGGCAAAUACAACUAUGAACAAUGAUCAGAAAAAAUUAGCAAUUUCUUGGGGAUUAUAUCAAAUAACGAAAGGGCUGUGCUUUCUAAAUAAUGAUUGUAAUCUUCUUCACAACUAUAUUUGUAUGUCUUCAGUAUUUGUUGAUCGAGCUGGAGAAUGGCGUCUUGGAGGAUUAGAUUAUGUAUGUUCAGCAAACCAAAAGUCUCCUUCUAAGUUGUUAUUUACUCAAGAAGUGUAUAAUCCUCCAGAAGUAAAAAGUCAGCCGUGUAAUAAAGAAAUUCCAAAAUGGGCUGCAGAUAGUUGGGGAUUAGGUUGUUUAAUAUGGGAAGCUUUUAAUGGACCUUUAACAAAACAGUCUGAUUUAAAAUGUCUUAAAAAGAUGCCAAACAACAUUACUUCACUUUAUUGUGAAUUGGUAUCUGCAAAUCCAUCAUCUAGAUUAAAUCCUUCAUCUUUUCUUAAUAAAUGUUGUAUUAAAGGUGGCUUUAUGAAGAAUAAAUUUGUAGAUACAAUGCUUUUUCUAGAAGAAAUUCAGAUUAAAGACACAAAUGAAAUGAAUCAUUUUUUAAAUGUUCUAGUUAGCUUAUUAGAUACUUUUCCUCCAGACAUUUGUAAAUAUAAAAUUUUAAACCAAUUGUUAAAUGCCUUUGAAUUUGGAAAUGCAGGCUCAGCAGUUUUAGUACCUCUGUUUAAAUUAGCAAAGUCAUUGGAUGAUAAUGAAUAUCAACAGAGAAUAGUACCUUGUAUUGUCAAAUUAUUUAGUUGUAAAGAUAGGGCAACAAGAGCUCGUCUUUUACAACAGAUGGAUCAAUUCAUUCAUCAUAUUCAACCAUCUGUGGUUAAUGAUCAGAUAUUUCCACAAGUGGCUCAAGGGUUUAUGGAUACAAAUCCAACAAUUAGAGAACAGACAAUAAAAUGCAUGUUACACAUGGCAUCAAAAUUGAAUUAUUAUAAUCUCAAUGAAGAAGUCCUGAAGCAUUUUGCACGUUUGCAGUCUAGAGAUAGUCAGGGUGGAAUUAGAACAAACACAACAGUUUGUCUGGGCAAGAUUGCAAUAUAUCUUCAUCCACAAACUAGGCAAAGAGUACUUGUUCCGGCUUUCAUCAGAGCAAUGAGAGAUCCUUUUCCGCCUGCUCGCACUGCUGGUAUAUUAGCCAUUGCUGCCACACAAGGAUUUUAUACAUUAAAUGACUGUGCAAUAAAGGUUCUUCCUGCUUUAUGUCAAUUAGUUGUUGAUCCAGAUAAAUCUGUGAGAGAUCAGGCAUUUAAAGCUAUAAAAGGAUUUUUAAAUAAAUUAGAAAAAGUAUCAGAAGAUCCAUCACUAUUAGAACAAAUGGACUUUAAUCAGUUUUAA